AUGGGGUCGACUAAUGCGGAUGUAGAAAAGGUCUUGGUUGAGCCUGAUCAGAAUGGAGCCAACAAUCAAUCGAAUCCAUCGGACGCCGUGACCGACAAAGAACCAGAGCCGGAGUUCGAUACAGGGCUGAGGACAUGGCUGCAAGUGCUGGGAUCAUUUUUUCUCUUCUUUAACUCAUGGGGCAUCAUCAAUACAUGGGGUGCAUACCAGACAUAUUACGAGCAAGAAUUGCUUGCCGGCACUUCAUCAUCAACUAUUGCCUGGAUUGGAUCAUUGCAGUCUUUCCUGUUGAUGAUGAUUGGAGUCAUCACCGGACCACUCUUUGAUGCAGGCUACUUCACCGCGCUGACCAGUUUCGCUGCGUUCCUCCUGCCAUUUGGCCUGAUGAUGACCAGUCUAGCUACCAAAUAUUGGCAGCUCAUUCUUUCCCAGGGUGUUUGCAUCGGACUGGCAGCAGGCUGUCUCUUCGUGCCCUCUGUCGCCAUUCUUCCGCAAUAUUUCCGCGCGAAGAGGGGGUUGGCCAAUGGCUUUGCUGCCAGUGGUAGCAGUAUCGGCGGAGUGGUCUACCCGAUCAUGUUCGAUCAAUUGCAGAAGAAAGUGGGCUUCGCCUGGGCUACCCGGGCCCUGGGGUUCGUCUGCUUUGGAACCACUUGCAUUUCAGUUGCCAUCAUGCGCCAGCGAUUCCAGCCCAAGGAAAAGCGCAAGCUUUUCCAGCUAUCCGUAUUGAAGGAGCCGGCUUUUACCGUAUUUGCCAUUGCCAUGUUUAUGGGCUUCCUUGGGUUCUACAACUUCCUCUUCUACGUGCAGUCUUAUGCUAUUGAGACCGGCAUUGUGGAUUCGAACUUGGGAUUCUAUCUUCUUUCCAUGCUGAACGCCGCUUCGACCUUUGGGCGUAUUGCGCCUAAUUUCCUUGCUGAUCACAUUGGGCCUCUGAACAUGCUCACGCCGGCCGUGACCAUCACGGCCAUUUUGGCUUUUGUCUGGAUCCGUGUUCACACCGUCCCUGGCAUCAUUAUUCUGUCUGUCUUUUACGGAUUCUUCUCCGGUGGUUUUGUCUCGCUGCCUCCAGUGGUCAUGGCGAGUAUGACCCCCGACGUGCGUAACUUGGGUACACGCAUGGGCAUGCUUUUUGCGAUUGUUUCCAUUGGUCUGUUGAUUGGUACCCCCAUUGGCGGUGCCAUCUUGAACUCGACAAACGAAUAUGUUGGUGUUCAGCUCUUCACUGCGUGUUGCUUGAUUACCUCCGCCGUCCUCAUGACGAUCGUGAGGCUGCUGCGCACUGGUCUCAAGUUCCACGUCAAGGCUUGA